GGUGCUCUAAGGAUACGGAGAACACAAUUGAGUAAAGGACACAAGCGCGAACGCACACGCUUCGUUUUUGAGGCGCCGUUGCCACAGGGGAAACCAAGUUUUGACCAGUGCCUAACCAACAAGAAAAAAAAAGGAGGAAAAGAAAUUGUAAAAAAAAAAUAUCCUGAAUCCGUGAAAAAUAGAAGAGAUCUAAGAGAUCCUUGUGUACUGACCACUUGCAAAUGAAUCAAAAACUUAAAACGAAAACAAAUUCAAGUUCAAAUAUCAAUACGAAAAAUCAACCAAUAAAAAUAUCAAAAUAAUGUGGCGUAUAAUUUAAUUCUACCAGCCAAAACAACUACUACUAGCACGGAAUAAACCCUCUGGUUUAAGCCCGCGAUAAAAGCAACUCACCCAACUCAGCCAACUGCAACCAACCCAGCUAACCCGGUUACAAACGAGACAAAAUCAACAACAAUUUUUGGAAUUAAUUUUAUUUGAUGCGCGCGCUCAUAAAAAUUUACAUAGAAAGCAGCACCACCAAAAGAAAUACAAAAAAAAAAAGAAUUCAAAAAAUAAAUAGACCCCUCCGCUCAUGCCAGAAGCAGCAUCAACGAGAGGAGCGACAAAAGUGAAUUGGUUAACCAUGGAAAAGGCGUAACUGGCAACUGCUGACCCAGGCCAUAUAACUUUAGAUGAGCGCGUCACUGUGCCACAAUUUCUGUUUAUACCUGUCGAAGCUGCCACACCCUCGAGUAACUUUUUCUAACGCUCCGAGGAAAACAAAAAAAUAAAAAAAAAAACAGCAAAAAAAAUAUUUAAAAACAAAAAAACAACAUCAGUGAUAUGGAACUGUGCAUAGCAACAAAGUCAAAAACGGAAACAGCUCAGAGUUCAAUGCUGGAAAGCAAAAACUAUCAAAAGAAAUGCCACCAAAAUCAAACAAAUACUCAAGAAAGCAAUUGCAACCGAAGAGACAGCAACAACAGAAACCACAGAGAUCGAAACCACCUGAGAACGGAACCAGAAAACCAACGAACAACAAAUGCAAAUGCAACAUCAUCAACAUUGAAGUGCAGCAGCAGAAACAUCAGCAGAAAAAGCAAAAACACAAACAGCAGCAAUUGCAACAGCAACAUUGCAACACCAAGUACACAAUUAAAUACGCUCUAUUUGCUGCUGGUGCUUUUGAUAGUCGGCCUUGCCACGGUGGCCGCCUCCCCCUCCUCGUUCAUCUCCCGCGAGAACCGGCGCGAUGCUCUUUUGGCCUACUAUAAGCGCGCCCAUCUGCCACCGAACAGUAUUGCCUCCACCUACGAUCUGGCGGAUUCCCAGGAGCCAGAUCUGGAACAGGACGAGGGGCUGGAGGGGCGGCAGUUCCAUCUGCACGAUGCCUCCGCCCUGGAUUUCGAGGAGCUAACACCCACCGCCAGCGUGGUGUCGGCUCUCAGUCGAGCGGAGCGCUUCCGUUUGCGAAAGCGCAGCGCCACCCCCACAACGCCGGCAACUGCUACCACAACAACACCAGGUCCUGGCGCAGCAGCAGCAUCGGCCACGACGGAAGGUAGCGAGGAGAAGUGUGAGCCAAAAGUUCUGGAAACCCAGCCCGAUGAGCCGUUUUACGACUACACCGACAUUGCGGAGGAUGCUGCCAGGCAGUUUAUUGAAUUUUUAUCGGGCAAAUUCCCAAAUCAAAAUGCUCCGAUUGCCAUCGACGAGCCGACACGUGCGGAGGUGAGCCGGAGGGCGAACAGCAUCGCCAGCUACGCCCUCAGCGAGGACGACAAUCUCCUGGCCUUCGCCAUAGCCGCGCCCAGCAUUCACACGGUGGUCGUUAAAUUCAGGGACAACGUUACGAUACCACCGGAUCAGGUGCACAACAAGGCAUAUCUGGGGUCCUACUGGCGGGAGUUGGGGGCGGCCUGGAACAGCACCGAUGGCACCCAGGAGUGGGGGGCUCCCUUUCGCGACUGCAACCUGUUGAAGCAACGCUGGCUGUGGCCCUUUCGCAUAUCCUUCAGUGAGCAUAGAAUCAAAAUUGUUGCGGCUGCUUUUAUUGCCGCCGACGAGGAUGUGUGCAACGAUGGCCUGGAGGAAGUUUUCGGUCGGCGUCAUGGCUGCGAUCGGAAUACGACUUUUUGCCUUCUCACGGAGAAUAAGCCCGCCGCCACUAGGGAUGUUUAUACGUGUUUGUGCAAAGAGUCCUUCUACCUCCCCAAUGCCACGCUCCAGGGAUACCGUGGCGAUCUGGUGGAAAUGUCGGAGGGCUACGACAACUACUCGUGCAUUCCCUGCCCGGGAGGAUGUACGAACUGUGACAGCAAUGGCAUCUGUCUCACCUUCCAGGAGGAGGUCCUCAACAUAGACGCCUGUCUGCGCCUCCUGGUGGCCAUUGUCUUGGGUGCUUGCAUCCUGUGCUGUGUCGUCCUCAGUGUGAUUGUCUUCAGGCAAAGAAAGUGCAAGGCCAUUGCCUCGGGCAUGUGGACUGUGCUGGAGACGAUACUCCUGGGCAUUGUAUUACUUUAUGCAUCUGUUGCCGUCCAUUUCUUUCCCGCUUCCACGGAGCGGUGCCUGCUGGAGCCUUGGCUGCGGGAACUGGGUUUCAUCACCUGCUAUGGAGCCAUCAUCCUGAAGCUGUACCGCCAUCUGGUCGACUUCCGUACCCGCAAGGCCCAUCGCUGGGUGCUCCGCGACGUGGAUCUGCUCAAGUAUCUGGGCACCAUGGUGUUCGCUGUCAUCUGCUACAUGGCCGCCUUCACGGCCUCAUCGCUGGAUCUGCUGGAGAGCGCCCAGCUGGAGAGUCUUCGAGAGGCGGACACCAACACCUGCCACCCCCUUAAGUGGGAGCUGGUGACGCAGAUCAGCGAGAUACUCAUCCUGUGCUUUGGACUCCAUCUGUCCAUUGCCAGCCGGAAUGCCAAUACUCAGUUCAGGGAACGACAAUUCCUGGUGACCGCCCUGACGCUGGAGUUCCUCGUCUCCUCGAGCUUCUACUUUCUGCGCUUCGUCUACCUGCCGGAAAUGAGUCCCAGCACCAUUUUGUUGGCCCUCUUCAUCCGCUCCCAGCUGACGAACAGCUUCGCCCUGGGCCUGAUAUUUGUGCCAAAGUUGUGGUAUCAGCACAAGCAGGUUCGUUCGCUUGCGUACGAUCUAUCAAUACGUUUACCUGUGGAUGCAUUCAAGGGUACGUCGCACGAUGCCGGCCAGCGGCUGGGCGGCGGUUACGCCGGACUCUGCCUCGGCGACCCGGACAUCGGCGAGCUGACCAUAUCCGAAAUGAGUCCCGAGGACAUACGUGCCGAACUGAAAAGACUGUAUACGCAACUGGAGAUUCUGAAGAACAAGACCCUGCGGCAGGAUAAUCCUCACAUCAGCAAGCGACGCGGUGGUCGCAAGGCGGGUCAUCGUCGCUUCUCGUUGCAGAAAAAGGGCAGCAAGGAUAAGGCUCUAAGUGCCAAACACCGCAGCAACAAACACCAUCAGGAUAUUGAGAUCACCGAGGCGGAGCCAUCCCGUACUCCCGAGGACUCGGUGUGCAGUGCCGAAGGACCCACGGACACCUAUGCCGAAAUAUCGGGCGUCUCCCACUCCAUGCUCUCCCACUCGAUGAUAUCCCACUCUGUUGUCUCGCACUCAAAGUAAAAAAUUAAUGAAAAAAUAUAUGUAUUAUGUGUAUCCAAAUAGGCAGGAUAAGUUCCGAGAAAUUAACCCAAAAUACUGCGAAAGAGAGAGUUUUGUAUAUAUGUAAGCGUUAAAGGAUACAAUGCAUGUUGGUAUUUGUAGAUAAUAUGUACAAUGUAUGUGAGGUCUAGGUGCAGCAUAGAUAUUAUUAUGUAGCGCAACAACACAAACAAUAAAAGAAUUACUUUAAUUUCGCAAUGAAAGAAAACAAAUU